UUUAUAAAUAGAAUCAUAUGUGUUGCAAAAUGCCACAUUCGUGUAUGGCAAACAAAACGUUUUCUCUUUUAUAGGAGAGUUUUGUAACAGACGUAGAAAUGUUUUGCUUAUGAAAAAGGUGCAAUUUCGACAACAAAAGACAGCGACUCCACUGGACUCGACUCCUCAUUGACUGAUUGUUCUGUGAGAUGCAUCAUGCCCAUGCCCAGUGGACCGGCUCACUGUUGUGAGUGGAGGACCCACCAGUAGAACAGGGAGUUAUGGAGAACCCACCAGUAGAACAGGGAGUUAUGGAGAACUUGAAAACUACUCCCAUGGAGAAUGGAACCAGUGGUGGAAGUGAAAACUGUGGGGGGAGCUUUACGUCCGCACCAACCGCUCCUCUGCGGCCGCCUAGUGCGAGAUCAGUCCUGUGGAUUCCUGUGAUAUUUGCAGCAGCAACUUAUGGACUUUAUGCCCUGUCGCAAAAUAUACCAAAACAUCGGCAGGGAGAUAGCUCAAACCUGAAGUUUCCGACAAAUAUUGACGACCUUCAAGGCAUCGCGACGUUCCUCCAGCAGUACCGGGCAGACCAUGCGGUGUCUGUGAUGAUUCUCUUUAUAUGUGCCUAUCUCUACAAGCAGUCCUUCGCCAUUCCCGGAUCAGUCUUUCUGAAUUUGUUGGCUGGUUCGGUGUUCGGUACGUCCCUCGGGUUUCCGCUUGUUUGUUUUCUCACAGCUGUCGGGGCGUCCACCUGUUACAUGCUGUCAAAUAUUUUCGGGAAAUCCCUACUUGUGAAAUAUUUCCCUAACAAAGUGCAAUUUUUUCAAGACAAGGUUGAAGAGAAUCUAGACAGUUUGUUUUUCUUCCUCCUCUUUCUACGUUUGUUCCCCAUGUCGCCCAACUGGUUCAUGAACAUGGUGGCUCCCAUCGUCAAUGUGCCUCUCCCCCUGUUCUUCAUGUCAGUAUUAGUAGGUUUGAUGCCAUACAACUUCAUCUGUGUUCAGACAGGCUCGAUGUUAUCAGAAAUCCGUUCAUUAGAUGAUAUUUUCACGUUAUGGACGAUGGCCCAGUUGGCAGCGAUCGCACUGAUGGCCUUAAUUCCUGGCUUUGUUAUAAAGACUAUCCAUGCUAAGAAACAGAAGACUCAAUAAUUACCAUGGUAAACACAUCUGGUAAAACUAGCGUAUUUACCUGAAAGAAAAGUUAACAAUCCUGGGUGCAUGUUUAUAGUCCUCUGUGAAUUGAAAAUGUACAUAACUCGGUUACUAGUUAUGCAGAAAGUUUCAAGCAAACUGUUCAUUUGGCAUAACCCGUCACGAUUUUUGCUGUUGUAUCAUGAAAAGUUAUGAAUUAAACUGUUAUUUUGAGAGUGUACAUAUAUUAUACAUGUUAAAGUAUAAAUACUUGUAAAUAGAAAAUUAUGUAUUACUAAUAAUUGUAUAUUGGUUAUGAAAACAUAUAGUUCCAUGUAAAAGGAUUAUAAUUUGAUACCUUCUAUGGUUUAUCUAUGUGCCAAAUACAUGUGUAUUAUUUAUUCUAUUUAUGUCAGCUGUCUAGUGGAGGAAAGAGAGACGUGUACAUACCUAACUUUUAAAUACGUCUGUCAGUUAAAUUAUAUAACCUAAUUAAUUUCUAAAAAACCCAAAAUGAAUAUUUGUGUUUUUUGUUGGGUAUCUAUGUUGAUUUUUGUUGUGUUUUGUUCUGUAUAUUUAAAUGUAAUGCAGGCAUGUGUGCAGGAAUUUUAGCAUAGGGAUACACACAUAGGUCUUCUAGUCUGUGGCAAGUCAAGUUUACAGUGGGGUCAAUAUAUGUUUCCCUGGAAAAUGUAUUGAUAAAAAAAAACAUUGCUUGAGCAGCUGGAGGUGGAGUUUCAACCCUCUGCACACACGCCUGUAGUGUCUGAUACAGAUAAUUAAUAACAGUGAGCAGCUGGAGGUGGAGUUUCAACCCCCUGCACACACGCCUGUAGUGACUGAUACAGAUAAUUAAUAACAGUGAGCAGCUGGAGGUGGAGUUUCAACCCUCUGCACACACGCUUGUAGUGACUGAUACAGAUAAUUAAUAACAGUGAGCAGCUGGACGUGGAGUUUCAUCCCCCUGCACAGACGCCUGUAGUGACUGAUACAGAUAAUUAAUAACAGUUAGCAGCUGGACGUGGAGUUUCAACCCUCUGCACACACGCCUGUAGUGACUGAUACAGAUAAUUAAUAACAGUGAGCAGCUGGAGGUGUAGUUUCAACCCCCUGCACAUACACCUGUAGUGACUGAUACAGAUAAUUAAUAACAGUGAGCAGCUGGAGGUGUAGUUUCAACCCUCUGCACACACGCCUGUAGUGACUGAUACAGAUAAUUAAUAACAGUGAGCAGCUGGAGGUGUAGUUUCAACCCUCUGCACACACGCCUGUAGUGACUGAUACAGAUAAUUAAUAACAGUGAGCAACUGGAGGUGUAGUUUCAUCCCCCUGCACAUACGCCUGUAGUGACCGAUACAGAUAAUUAAUAACAGUGAGCAGCUGGAGGUGUAGUUUCAACCCCCUGCACACACGCUUGUAGUGACUGAUACAGAUAAUUAAUAACAGUGAGCAGCUGGAGGUGGAGUUUCAACCCCCUGCACACACGCCUGUAGUGACUGAUACAGAUAAUUAAUAACAGUGAGCAGCUGGACGUGGAGUUUCAACCCCCUGCACACACGCCUGUAGUGACCGAUACAGAUAAUUAAUAACAGUGAGCAGCUGGAGGUGUAGUUUCAACCCCCUGCACACACGCUUGUAGUGACUGAUACAGAUAAUUAAUAACAGUGAGCAGCUGGAGGUGGAGUUUCAACCCCCUGCACACACGCCUGUAGUGACUGAUACAGAUAAUUAAUAACAGUGAGCAGCUGGACGUGGAGUUUCAACCCCCUGCACACACGCUUGUAGUGACUGAUACAGAUAAUUAAUAACGGUGAGCAGCUGGACGUGGAGUUUCAACCCCCUGCACACACGCUUGUAGUGACUGAUACAGAUAAUUAAUAACGGUGAGCAGCUGGACGUGGAGUUUCAACCCCCUGCACACACGCCUGUAGUGACUGAUACAGAUAAUUAAUAACAGUGAGCAGCUGGACGUGUAGUUUCAACCCUCUGCACACACGCCUGUAGUGACUGAUACAGAUAAUUAAUAACAGUGAGCAGCUGGACGUGUAGUUUCAACCCCCUGCACACACGCCUGUAGUGACUGAUACAGAUAAUUAAUAACAGUGAGCAGCUGGAGGUGUAGUUUCAACCCCCUGCACACACGCCUGUAGUGACUGAUACAGAUAAU